AGAAAAAAAAAAGAUGAGCUACAACAGUGAUUAUGCAAGCCACCUUAAGCUACUUUAUGUGAUUUGAACACGCUUUUUUAGCUUUUACCUUAUAUAAGUCAAAGACGCUAAAUGCACAGAAGAUGAAGACCUAAUUAGAUUAUAGCGAUGUACAUGUAUGGUAAAUACAACUUGCGUGGUAAUUAAUGCCUUGAAGAUAGCUAAGAGGAGCUAUUCAAUGAUUCAUGGAAUUAUUGGUUGUACAUAAUUGAUAAUGAAUAAUGCCGUCCAAUCCUAAUUUAUUUUGGUUUAGCAUCGAUACUAUGGAGAAUCAAAUCCUUUGGGUUCAAUGGAGAAGGCCAUAGAAAAUGAUACGAUUCGUGGAUAUUUCAACUCAGCUCAAGCUUUAGCCGAUUUUGCAGAAAUUUUGUUACACAUAAAGAAAUCUUUAUCAGCAAAUGAUUCGCCAAUUCUUGUCGUUGGAGGUUCUUAUGGAGGAAUGUUAGCUGCGUGGUUUCGGUUAAAGUAUCCACACGUUACUAUUGGUGCUCUGGCCUCCUCAGCCCCAAUUCUUUACUUCGAUAAUAUCACUCGGCAAGAUGCAUACUAUUCCAUUGUGACUAAAGACUUCAAGGAGGCUAGUGAGAAUUGUUAUCUUACCAUAAAAAAAUCAUGGGCAGAAAUUGACAGAGUAGCAUCACGGCACAACGGCCUCACCAUUCUCAGUCGAAGAUUCAAUACUUGCUCGCAGCUCAACCAUUCAUAUGAGCUAACUCAAUUCCUGGAGGAUAUGUACGUAAGUGCAUCUCAAUAUGAUGCACCACCAGAAUAUCCAGUAUCAAUGGUGUGUAAAGGGAUUGAUAAAACUUCGUCUAAGAAAACCGAUACUCUUGGCCGUAUUUUUGCUGGCAUUGUCUCUUUUUUAGGAAAUCAGACAUGCGUGGAUACAGUUGGUCACUACACGAAAACUGCAUUAGACUCUCAACUUGGAUAUGCAUGGCAAAGUUGUAGUGAAAUGGUGAUGCCAAUUGGGGGUGGUGCAAACGAUUAUCUAUUUCCAGUUGCACCUUUUGAUAUAAACGAAUAUAACGAAUAUUGUAAGAGCCAAUAUGGUGUUUCACCACGGCCCCAUUGGAUUACAACUUACUACGGAGGCCAAGGCAUCAAGUUUGUCCUAAAUAGAUUUGGGAGCAAUAUAAUUUUCUCCAACGGCCGCAGAGAUCCAUGGAGUGGUGGAGGGGUGCUUGAAGAUUUGUCUGAAAGUUUGGUUGCUAUAACAACUCAAAACGGUUCACAUUGCCUAGACCUACAGCCAGCAACAAAAGAGGAUCCAGAGUGGCUGAUAGCACAAAGAAAAAAAGAACUCGAAAUUAUGAAUGGGUGGCUUAAAACAUAUUAUUGUGAUCUUCAGCACGCCUAACAGGUUGUUCAAGGAGUUGAGCGAGGAGCACGUGGCGGUGUAGAUGACAUGAUACUAAAAGCUUUUAAAUACGAACCGUUGCCAAAAAUAACAAUUUCACAUUUUCUGUUAUUUAUGUUCUCUUAAAAUACUAAUUUGCUAGUUGAUGUUAUCACUUCCACUACUAAUAAAUGUUUGGAUUCUAAAAUAAAAGCAUAAAAUUCCCAUUAUUAAUCUGUAUGAGUUUAAAUUGUGAUCUGUUUUUAAUUUAUUUGUUAGAUAGC